AUGUCUGGUAAUAAUCCUUUUGGAGGUAAGGUGAAGGAGGGAGAUUCAGUCACUCUAAACUCUGAUCUCACUGAAAUGAAGGAUGAUGAUGUGAUUCAGUGGAGGUUUGGAGAUGAAAACACUUUAAUAGCUGAAAUCAAUGUAACGGCCGACAGAAUCACUGUAUAUGAUGAUGUUCUUGAUGGGAGAUUCAGAGACAGACUGAAGCUGGACAAUCAAACUGGAUCUCUGACCAUCACACACACCACAACUGAACAUGAUGGAGAUUAUAGACUACUGAUCAACCGUGAGAUCAAGAGAUUCAAUCUCUAUGUCAGGAGACUGGAGUCAGUGAUGGAGGGAGAUUCAGUCUCUCUAAACUCUGACACUGAAAUAAAGGAUGAUGAUGUGAUUCAGUUUGGAUAUAAAAACACAUUAAUAGCAGAAAUCAAUGUAACGGCCGACAGAAUCACUGUAUAUGAUGAUGUUCUUGAUGGGAGAUUCAGAGACAGACUGAAGCUGGACAAUCAAACUGGAUCUCUGACCAUCACAAACACCACAACUGAACAUACUGGAGAUUAUAAACUACAGAUCAACAGUGAGAGGAAGAAGUUCAUUCUCAAUGUCAUUGAUGAAGUGAAGUCAGUGUCAGUGAUGGAGGGAGAUUCAGUCUCUCUAAACUCUUCUCUCACUGAAAUGACGGAUGAUGAUGUGAUUCAGUGGAGGUUUGGAGAUGAAAACACUGUAAUAGCAGAAAUCAAUAAAUGGGCCGACAGAAUCACUGUAUAUGAUGAUGUUCUUGAUGGGAGAUUCAGAGACAGACUGAAGCUGGACAAUCAAACUGGUUCUCUGACCAUCACACACACCACAACUGAACAUGCUGGAGAUUAUAAACUACUGAUGAGUUCA